GGUUUUUGCAUUGCUUUGCCGGUGGUGGCGUAGAAGUAUAUUUCAAAACAUUCGAAAAAGUUAGGUAAUUUCCCAGCGGAAAAUUGUGCCCCAAAUUAUGAGUUUACUGGUGCGACGACUCGGUGCUGAACUGCUGGCGACCCGAAAUGGGUUCCCGUUGCUGUGCCGCACGCUUUGCUCGGCAGCGGCCGAAUCGAAGGAAAUCGACAAACUGGUCCGCAAUAACAAGGUGGUAGUGUUCAUGAAGGGCAACCCGGAGGAACCUCGGUGCGGGUUUAGCAAUGCCGUAGUUCAAAUCCUGCGAAUGCAUGCCGUCAAAUAUGAUAGCCACGAUGUGCUGCAAAGUGACGCCCUGCGUCAAGGUAUCAAAGACUAUUCGAAUUGGCCAACCAUCCCGCAGGUGUACAUCAACGGAGAGUUCGUUGGCGGGUGCGACAUAAUGCUGCAGAUGCAUCAAAACGGUGAGUUGAUUGAUGAGCUGAAGAAGGUCGGAAUCAAGAGUGCUCUGGUUGAUGACGGUGAUGGUGGCGAUAAGAAGUAGACGAUUUUGGUUUCCUCCCGAAUAUGUUUGUAUUUAGUAUUAGAAGAUGUGUUACUAUGAAUAACAACUGAUAUAUCAGUCGCAUAUUUGCUUGUGAACUCUGGGGUUACGAAGGUGAGGUGGCUUCCCGUAAUCAGCUCACAUUUAAGGAAGCGUCAUGGGGCUCGGCUUUCCGAUAAGAUUGAGACUUGCUUCACUAUCUACAUGGCUUUUGUGACUAAAG